GUCUGUAUGUCUCUCUCUCCCUCCCUCUCUCAACCGCCUCUCUCCUCUAUAUAUUCUUUAUUGACCCAUGACAGAUGUAAAACCUGAGACUGACACUCACAUCUUUACACGAACAGACUAAAAAGACGAACUGUAAUAAGUUGGAGGCAGAUGGCAGCAUUGCAACUGUGGUAUAUUUGUGUAAAAGAACCUAGGAAAUUGGUACAGAACAUACAUAGAAGAACAUAAACAUGUUUCACGGAUAUCUUGCUAUGAAUUAAAUACCAUAGAAUUUCUAUGGACAUCAUUAAAAUUCUUUGAUACAUUUAUAUUCCAUUCGAUAAUUAAACUCGUGAGGCAGUAGUUAUUGUCGAAAUAAAAAAAAGCUAACAUAAUUUUCUAAAAUUCCUGAUAAUAGAAUGUGAGAUGAAAGUUUGAUAAAUAUCAAAAUCUCAAAAUGAUUGCAAGAAGAUAUGCCUAAAGGAACACAGGAAGCGCUAACAUUGACGUCUGUGAAGAAACGUCUUUAAUGGGGCCUGUCAGUAAAAUAUCAUUCUGAUGAACAGCCACAACGAAGUAACAGUCAAACCCAUCCUAACAGCCCCCAUGAUAAUUAUUAUGCUGACAUCCCGUUCAAAGCCCCGGAGAUGACCGAAGAACAACGUCUGAUGACGUACCUCCUCAAGGGAUAUGAAAGAUCGGUCCGACCAGUUAAGAAUGCCUCCAAGGCAGUUGUUGUCAAAAUGGGUUUGACAUUCACACAGAUUUUCGAUAUGGAUGAGAAGAAUCAAGUCUUAGUGACCAACGUGUGGCUAGACCAGGCGUGGGAAGAUGACUUUUUGAUGUGGGAUCCCAUAGAUUUUCAUAAUAUCACAGCAUUAAGAAUACCCUGCUACAAACUUUGGCUCCCUGAUAUGGUUUUAUACAAUAAUGCUGCUGAAUACACGGAGGGUUUGAUGCCAGCUAACGCCAUGGUUAAACAUACAGGAGAAGUGUUUUGGCCCAUACCAACCAAGCUUCAAAGUUCCUGCAAAGUGGACGUCACUUAUUUCCCGUUUGACGAGCAGAUGUGUAAACUGAAAUUUGGUUCAUGGACAUACGAUGGGUUUCAAGUGGAUGUAACAAACCAGACCAGUGAAGUGGACCUUUCUAAUUAUGUGGUCAACGGCGAGUGGGAGCUUCUGUCCAUCAAAAUCGUCCGCAACGUAGUCACGUACAGCUGCUGCCCGGAACCCUUUCCCGAUGUGACCUUCUUUGUCCACAUUCGACGUCGGAUCUUAUACUACAUGUACAAUGUAGUGUUUCCUUGUAUCAUGAUGUCUGCAUUAACGCUGUUAGUCUUCUGUCUACCUCCAGAUUCUGGUGAGAAGAUCGCCCUAGGAAUCACAGUUCUCCUAGCUUUCUCUGUCUUCAUGCUUGCAGUCGCAGAGAAUCUUCCAGAAACCUCAGAAUUUGUCCCACUUAUAAGUAUAUACCUGACCAUUGUAAUGUCCUUGACCUCAGUAUCUGUCAUUAUGACAGUUCUAGUGUUAAACCUUCACCAUCGUGGACCAAGUAAACAUGGUGUUCCCAUCUGGAUACGAAAGGUUUUCCUCGAAAAGCUCUCACACUUUUUCUGUGUCAGCAGUGAACCGUCCUACAGCCACUGCUAUUCCGAUGAUGGUCAUUUCAUUCGGAAUGUCUCCCUGAAACUCACCCUUGAAAAUAUUGCUCAAGAACUUCAGAGUGAAAUCCAGUUAGACAGCAAGAUCACCGACACAGUUACAGUAGUGGAGUGUCACGGCACGCGGAUUGCCGAAAGAUCUGAAUGCUUGCACAAUGUACACCAGAACGAAAACAAUUUAAAACACUCAGAGCGGACCUCCUGGUCUCAUGCGCGCACCAACGAAGAAAUAUUGAAAGCCCUGCGAAGAAUCAUCGACAAACACGAAAGAGAAGAUAGGGAUUACGAAAUGAUGCAGGAAUGGAGACGAGUAGCCCAAGUUGUAGACAGAAUACUCUUCUGGAUUUUUCUAAUCGGGACUUCUGUCUCGACCUUAGCAGUCCUUGUAAUAUCACCAUUAACGCGGUUCAAACUAACACAUUUCUGAGAUAGAGAGAGUUGGAGGGGGAAGCAACAGGAAGCAGUUGGUCUAAGCGAUAAACAUAAAAAUACCAAUAGAAAGAGAGUUAGGGACGAAGCAACAGGAAGCUGUAGGGGUAAGGAAUAGACAAAAAACAUCAAUAGAGUUGCUGUCAGACAUAUUGAUUUCAGAAGAAAUAAGUGGUAGCAGGUAGAAAUAUCGAAAAUAUUUUUGGUUUUCGAAAGAAUUUUAGUUGUAUCUUCCAUUCUGCUUGUUUCUUCAUUUGUUUAUUUUUUAAUUCCCAGACCAACAAAAUAAAUUGUUUUACGAAAAGAAACAAAACUUCAGUAUGUAUCUAUGAAUAUAGAAUGUGUAUCUAAUCUCAAAACAUUCCAAGAGAAUAUAGAAAAUAUGGAUAACAGAUAAUAAUUUAGACAGGAAAACACAUUUCAAAAAUUCUUGUAAUUUUGUCAGAAUUUUAAGAUAUAGAUUGUGACAAAAUAAAUUAAGAAUUCCAGGAUGUAUUGCGAAUUUUGAAAACAUUCUUCUAAUAAGUAAUAAUACUCUUGUAUAUCCUUAUUUAGUAAAUGCAAGCUUGUAAAAAUAUAUAAAAAUAUUUGCAUAACUAUGAGCGAUGUUUGAAUAGGCGUUUUUAAUAAGUUAUUUUUAAACUUUUGUGAAAGUAAAAGUUUUAAAACUAAUAUAAUACUAUUAUCACUAAAUUAUUAAAGUAAGGAGUAUAAUUGUAAUAUUUGAAAAUCAAAAGCAAAAUACUAAUAUUUCUUGUUUCGAAACAAAUGCAGCUUGACGAAAAUAGUGUUAGUAGCCAUCUUGAAAUUAAAAUAUUUAAACGUUAGUUUGUUGUUAUGCGAUAUAUGGAUGUUUUACAUACAUCACACAUCUACAUGCUAGAUAAUAUAUAAAACAAUUAUAGAACUCUAUUUUUUUAUUUAUUUAAGCUGUAGUAAAUGUGGAAAGAGUUAAAAGCAAUCUAGCCGUUCAUGAUUCGAUGCCUAGUUCCACAGUUCUCUUGAUACAAAAAUAGCUUCACUGAAAUUAUAUGGUAUUCCAAUACUCAGCAUAAAACAUUAUGCAUAUAUAUAUAUACUGAGGGGACGCUGUCGCAGUGUCUAUAUGGAUAUUUUUUCUACAUAAACGUGUGAGUAGAUUUAUAUAUGUAAGUUUUCAGAGGCUUUCACAUGAAUAUAACUCGAUUUGAUUAUUUUCAUGAUAAACACGAUAGGAUACGCAUUGUGCUCUAAUUGUAUAAAUACAAAGAUAGAGACGUGUAUAGCUGUGAAUUCUAAAAUAACGUAAUGGCAUUCUAUAUUUUUUGUUCAUUUAUUUCAAUCAUUUGCAAAACAAUAUAAUAUAACUGGCUCUAACGAUUCUCCACUUAAUAAGAAAUAUGAAGAGAAAACAAUUGUCGAAGUUAUGUUACCCCUGGGAACUGUUGGCUUGUUUUUACUGAAAUAUUUGUUUAACUUCACUUUUAUAAAAAUGCUACAAAGCGUUAUAUACUUUGCAAAAUAGCUUUUCUAGCUUAAAAUUUGGAAUCCUAGACUGAAAAUAUUUGCUUUCUAACCCAGUACUUAGCAUAAUUCUGUUAGCACAAUGAUAAUUAUAUGUUUUUAAUUAUCAAUUUAUUCCCUGAGUGAGAAUUCCUUGAAAUAGUGUAAAUGUAAUCUCUUGUUCUAUUUAAUAAUGAAACCACAUUUCUCUCAACGAAAUUUCAAUAGUUUGAAAACGUGGACCAAAUUCCUAAUUUGUCGACAGAAUGCUUCACAAUAAAGAUGGAGUAAUGGUCAAACUUAGGACAUUAUUCAAAUAGCGGCAUUACAUACACGCACGCACACAUGCACGUACACACAUAUACACGCACGCACACAUAGACACUCUACGUGUUAAUUCUGUUUAUGCAGUCACUUGUAUCGAUGUAUUCUCCCGUAGACAUUUGAUGAACUAUCUCCAAUUAAAAGAUAUGUUUAAUCACCUGUACCCGGAUCAGCUCAACAGCAAAAAUUAUUCUAAAUAAUUUUAACCAUUAUUCUUUAUUAUGUUUCAAUGAAUUUUCAGAAGAAUACUGAAAAUAUAUUCAAACAUAUUCCUAUUGGUGUAAAUAAUGGAUGCUUGGAAGAAAACAAUAGAUUCGUUUAUAAAACUUUGCUGGAAACUUUGCCAGUUCCUAUGAGAAGGAACGAAUAUUUUCUCAUUCACAUAACACCAAGAGAAACGGUAUAUGCUUCCACUCUACUCAUUCCUAGGUUUUGAUUUUAGAAUUAUAUUUCUUUGCAGCAUUAAACGUAAGGCAUAUUAUUGGUCGCUCAGACCAAUAAUAUGAAAUAAACACAUUCUUAACUCCACAACGGAUCUAAAUUUCUAAACAUCCAUUCUCAAAUUCUAUUAACAUUUUUUGUUUUACUUUAGAAUAAUAUUGUGUAAAAUAUUAUGUUGUUCCGGGUAUUAACAGAACACCGUUGAUUGACUUCACUGUAACAAUUCAGCGAUAAAAGUCUAGUGAUUCAGGACAUGAUUGUUUCAGCAUAGCUUUGAAAUUCAAUCUUUAAAAAGAUCAGGACUUCUAUAUAAUGUUGUGAACUGGAAUAUAUUAAUCUAGAAUUUUCAUGGAAUGAAUGUAGCAUAGUUCCAUAUAUUUAAUAGAUUCAUUGAUGUUAUUUAUUCUGUGAUAUCGACAAUCAUGUUAUGGCGGAAGAUUUGAAUUAAGUGUUUGUGGUUCUGCGCAUGUGUGUAUCGGUCUGCUUGUGUGUGUGAGCAUUUGCGUUUGUAAACCACAUACGCACUUUGAUAAACUUAUGCUUCUAAAUUCAGCAAUCAAGAAAAUGAUCUUCCUCUUGCCUGAUUUCUCUCCUCGUUAUCUUACACAUAUGCCUCCAUACACUACUUUUCAUUAUCUCUGUCUUCCCGUUUGUCUCUCCCUGUCUCGUUUCUCUGUCCCUCUCUCUCUCUCUCUUUUUCUCCCUCUCUCUCUUUCUCUGCUUUAGCAGUUCAAUAUCUGUUGCUAUUUCCCAUAGAAUUAACUUUCUAUUUCCUACGAAUAAUCCCAAUCAAAUCAUAAAGCUUUGUACGUUUCUAAAACGCAACUGCUAUAUAAUCAGCCAUUCCCACCCCUGACAUCCAUCACAGUUAAGAUUAAAACAGAUUACCUGCAGGGAAUUUGUCACUAACUCGGUUUUAAUCCCUAAUCCAGAAUCCGGGCUGAAUCAAGAUUGAAACCAUUUUCACUUCUAUUCCACCAUUUCUCUCUUACCAUAUAUAAGAAUGGCAUGAAUACCACAACCUCAUAGCUCUUUCGAAAUAUCAGAGGUCUCAUGAGUAAUGAACAACCUCCGUUAGGAAUGAUAAUAAACUUUAUCAAAAUUAGAAUGAGUUGCGCGUUUCCGUACGCAAAUCCUCUGUGUCACGUUCCAUUAUCUGUACAACAUUUCGUGAUCGAUUAGAGAAGCACAAACUAGAAUCGACUACAAAUUGAUGUCUAUCUGGCAACGUAAGUAAAUAUACAUUAGCCUAAGUAUACUAGUUAACGCCAUAGCAAGAAAAUGUUCCCAAACUCGAGUAGACUUAAUUUUUUUCAUAUAAAUAGUCAUCGAUGUUCAUUCUGUCCCACGUUUACACCAAAUAUACAU